AUGGCACCAACGCUCAAUUUGAUCCAGACGUUGGGUAAUUCUAUGGUGUUGGCAGCGCGGAAAUUACCCAUGAGUCAAAAAAGAGAAGAUUCUGAUUACCAUGAUCACGAUCAACAGCUCCGGUCGCCAAGUACGCCUUGCAAUUCUCGAUUCUGUGUCUCUAACAUAGUGUCGUUGCCGCUCUCCCCAGUCCUCCCGUCACUCGUACGACCUCGUAGUAAGGAGAUUUUAACGAGUAAAUACAGGAGACAAUUGAAAGUAGCAGCAUGGCUGAUCAGCAUAUUCAUCAUCACGUAUCAUAGCCUGCAUGAAGCGAAGCAUUUCACAACAGUUACAGGCUGGGCUGCAUUGAGGGGAAGCAAAGAUGAAGCGGUCAGAGGUGCAUAUCGACCUGACUUUCCAUCGCCAGUUAUCUUGAAUAUACACGGUCAGCUAAAAUGGACCAUAUCAAUAAAACCAGGUGAAGCCUUUCCACUUGCACCGCGACAAUACGCCGAAAUCUGCAAUCAGAGUAUACAGACGGCUGAGGAUGUGGCUAAUCUGCAUGGUCAUCUAUACCUGCCGUCUAUCAUUCCUACAAAAAGUGGAAAUAUUGAUCCUAACUUUAUAGAUGUGCGAGAAGUCAUGGAACUUGGAAUUUUUCCAGAUUCUCCAAAAAAAUUAAAGCCAUCUGAUGAAUUUCCUCUCAGAGAAGGGGUAGAUGAGCUUACUAGGCUACCCGUUUGUAAUAAGACUAUGACCUAUCUGUUAGAGUCUUCCGAUGCUGGACUAGGUAGUACUCUCAUGAUGUUGUGGACAGCCUAUGGCUUGGCACGAGAAGAGGGCAGAGACUUUUUUGUGGAUGACUCAAGAUGGGCAUACGGACGAUAUACGCAGAUGUUUCAGCCGCCUCCGAAACCACCGUGCAAACUGCCACCGUAUUAUGAAAUACUUCCCUAUCCCGCGCAUACGCGCCAUCUAGUCUUGUCGGCUGCAACAGCAACUUACACAUUUGAAGCUUUUUCACCUGACCUCGAAGGGUUAAGGCAAAAGGAUAGUCUGCAUCUUCAAAGGCGCAUCUUUUCCCUUGCUCGUAUCGGGUAUGAAGCCCUCUUCCAUUUAACUACACAAGACCAGGCCUAUGUAGAUGAUCGUGUUAAGUUCUUUAAAGAGGAUAUAGCCAUUCUGGGUCCUGAGAACCUAAAUGCCACUGUAAUUGGGAUCCACGUACGCCAUGGAGAUCGAAGGCCCCUGGAAUCUCCAUAUAAGGACAGCUAUAUACCUUUGUACCGUUAUGUCGAUAAGGCAGAAGACUCGGCCCGAAGUAUUUUUCAUCGCCAAAGCAUUGAUAUCGAAUCUAGCGAUACUGCGUUGAAUAAAUCUAUCAUUAUUUUGGCUUCCGACGAUCCCGAUGUCUAUCUUUCAGAAGAAUUCGAGCAGGCCUUCCGAGCACAGGAGAAAGUUAACCUUGCGUCUCGACCAGCAUCAAAGACUGCCUCCCAACAACCGGCUAUUCACAAAUUUGUUGGCGCUAGUGUGGGUUGGGAAGGUGGGUUCUUUGCCAGUAUGUUCUGGAACUUGGGAAAACGCCUGAGCCGUCUUCCCAGAGAAGAAACAGAGGUACAUGAGGUCCAGCAUUUGGUUUCAGCUGAAUCACUAAAGUUACGUGAGUUAGUGGCCCGCACUUAUUUAAUGGAUUCAGCUGUGCUCGGGAAAGCGAGUGAUAAAAUUAUCUGUACUGUCUCUUGUAUGAGUUGCCGGCUGCUAGGUAUCAUGAUGGGCUGGGAGAAAGCAAUCGAUCAGCGAGGCUGGGUGAACAUAGAUGGUGAAUCGGGAUGGAUAGGUAUGAAUUGGUGA